AUGAUAAUUCCUAGAUAUCGGUCUUGUGCCCUCCCGUGGGCCAGCAAGUUGCUGGCUCACCAACGCCCGUCAUGGCGAUGUGCCUCUCCCCGAAUUGCGCGCCCGACGGCCGUCAUUCCGCGCCGGUUUGCGACCACUGCUUCCGAGGGCGCAAAGAAGCCAUACUAUGUGACGACGCCUAUCUUUUAUGUGAACGCUGCUCCCCAUGUCGGUCACCUCUACACCAUGAUCAUCGCCGAUGUCCUGAAGAGAUGGCGGGCACUUGCCGGAGACACGGACGCUCAACUGUUGACGGGUACCGACGAACAUGGAAUGAAGAUCCAGCAGGCUGCGGCGGCUGCCGGAAUGGACACCCAGGCUUUUUGCGAUAUGAACUUCAAAACAUUCGAGGCUCUAGCAAAGGCUGCGAACAUGGAUUAUAACCACUUCAUACGGACAACAGAUGCCGCGCACAAGGAGGCUGUUCAGUACUUUUGGGAAAUGCUGGAUCAUCGUGGUUAUAUCUAUACCUCAAAGCAUGAGGGGUGGUAUUCUGUCAGCGAUGAGACCUUCUAUCCCCAGUCACAAGUCCAAAACUCAUUGGACCCAACUACCGGCCGAAAAAGAAUGGUAUCUGCCGAGACUGGAAAGGCAGUCGAGUGGUCCUCGGAAACAAACUACCAUUUCCGCUUAUCGGCCUUCCAGGAGCGCCUCCUGGAGCUGUACAAAACGGGCUUCAUCCAGCCUUCGAAGUAUGAUAGAGAUGUGAUCAGGUCGGUGUCUUCGGGUCUUCAAGACUUGUCGAUUUCCAGACCUGUGGAACGGUUGAACUGGGGUAUUCCUGUUCCAGGCGAUGAGACGCAGACGAUUUACGUCUGGCUGGAUGCACUGGUCAAUUACUUGACCAAGGCAGGCUACCCAUUCCCGCCAGGUCAAGAAGGCCGACUUGGUUGGCCAGCAGAUGUCCACGUUGUUGGCAAGGAUAUCAUCCGUGCAAUGCUCACAGGCACUCCUAGGUUCCACUGCGUGUACUGGCCGGCAUUCCUCAUGGCGCUCGACCUGCCCCUCCCCCGCAACGUACUGGUCCACGGGCACUGGACGAUCAACCAUGAGAAAAUGUCCAAGUCCACGGGAAACACCGUGAACCCCUUCUUCGCUCUCGACCGUUUCGGUGUAGACACCAUGCGGUUCUUCCUUGCCUACCAGGGCGGCCUGGCCGGAGAUGCUGACUAUGAUAAUUCUUUCAUCAUUCGCGACUACAAGAAACUGCUCCAAUCUGGAAUUGGAAACUUGACCCACCGAGCAAUCGGCUGUGCCAAGAAAGAACUGCGGACAUACAUUGUGAAUGGGACAAGCGGUGGUCUUCCGCCGGCGAACGAGGAUGACAUGGUAUUCGAAGAGACCGUGCAAGAAACUCCUGCCAAGGUGGCGAAGCAUAUGGAGGAGCUGAACCCUCGGGCCGCUCUCCAGGAAGUUGUGACCUUGGUUGAAAAGGCGCAAAAGUAUUUCCACGCUUCAGCUCCGUGGCAAAACCCAACCGAGCACCAACGGGCACUGUUUAACAUCAUCGAGUCUCUACGGAUAGCAGGAAUCCUGUUACAGCCCUUUAUGCCUACCAAGUCCAAGGAGCUCUUGGACCUCCUCCGUGUAGACCUCUCCAAGCGGACCUUGUCAGAUACCGCCUUCGGCUCGGACCUGGAUUAUGGGGAAGGGGUCAAGAAGAAGAUUCUCUUCCCCCAGCUCAUCGUUGAGGACUAG